CCACAGAGUCAAGGUGUUGGCUUUAUUUAAAAAACAGGAAGACAAAUUCAAAAUAAUGAAGAAACGUGGUCAAGAACAGACACAAGGGCAAGUGAUCAGCAAACAGACUUAAUAGGACAAAAAGCCAAAGAACAAAAAUGAGAUCAUAACACUUAUUAUCUUCAGUAAACAAGCUGCAGUUAGUCCAGAAUGCAGCCGCCAGAGUUCUUACUAGGUCAAGAAAAAAUGAUCACAUAACCCCAAUAUUAUCAUCCCUGCACUGGCUACCUGUUAAGUUUAGAAUUGAUUAUAAACUAGCACUACUUACGUACAAGGCUCUAAAUGGUUUAGCUCCCACGUAUCUAGCCAGUCUUCUAACACGUCACAAUCCACCACGCUCCUUAAGAUCUCAAAACUCCGGACUUCUGGUAGUUCCCAGAAUAUCAAAGUCUACAAAAGGGGGUAGAGCGUUUUCGUAUUUAGCUCCUAAACUUUGGAAUAGCCUUCCUGACAGUGUUCGGGGUUUAGACACAGUCUCCCAGUUCAAACGUAGAUUAAAGAGAUAUAUCUUUAGCCAGGCAUACACUUAACACUUAACACACACCACAACCUUGUGCUUCAGUACAUCUGAUUAAUUGCAAAUUAUGACUUAGGGCUUACUAAUAUUUGAACAGCAGCUAUGCUUUUCCUUUUCCACUUGUUUCCCUUCUUCUACCCAUCCCCGAGGCACAUAGAGAUUGUGCCAGCUCCAGUAGACGAGGCCAACCCUACGAGGAUCCUGAGGCAUCCAGAGAUGGACCAGCUCCAGCCGGUUUCUGCCUCGUGAGGAUUUGGGUGUUCAAAGCAACGCUGCCAACCCUAUGUGGACUUUGAGGACUUUGAGGAAGACAACAACCUACAUGACUAUAAAUAAAUACAGAAAGGACAUUGUUCAUAUCACACUCUCCAGUGUCACCCAAAUGAGGAUGGGUUCCCUUCUGAGUCUGGUUCCUCUCAAGGUUUCUUCCUCAUAUCAUCUCAGGGUGUUUUUCCUUGCCACAGUCGCCACAGUCGCCUCAGGCUUGCUCACUAGGGAUAAUUCUGUCUAAGAUCUAGGACUGUUUGCAUGUUUUUGUUUCUGUUUGCAUGCUUUUUGUUUCUUAUGUUCUGUAAAGCUGCUUUGAGACAAUGUUCAUUGUUAAAAGCGCUAUACAAAUAAAAUUGAAUUGAAUUGAAUUGAAUACCCAGUAACUGUUGAUGGGGCUGUUCCAAAGCGGUCAGUGCGGGCGUCACUGAUGGGAACACGUGAGCGGCACCGUUACGACCACUGGCACAAUGACCAACUUCAUCUUUGAGUGCAGCACAUUCUAGAGCAUUUUGGCAGACGACUUCUCUCUGAAGCCAGGGUACCCAGCUGGAUAGAGAAGCAGGGAUGGACUGGUAACAUUCCAGAUGCUACCCUAGUAGUGAAGCAGUGGAAGUACAUGAGUACUCGUGCCCAUCCCUAGUAUGUUCUACGUUUAACACAUCUAGAUGUAAAUAUCAGAAACUGAAAGAAACUGAAAGCAGAAUCUCCAACCGCAAGACCCUACAGUGGAUUGUGAGCAGAGCUGAGAAGAUCAUCAGAGUCUCUCUAACCACCAUCGACACCUCAUACAACAACCACUGCAUCCGCAAUGCCACCAGUAUUGUAGACAGCCCCUCUCACCCAUCCCAUGGACUCUGGCAGGAGGUACAGGAGCAUCCGUGCCACCACCAGCAGACUCUGCAACAAUUUCUUCCCUGAGGCAAUCAGAUUACUCAACAGUCUGCUGCCUUCCAUCACUCACCAAGGCUAGUCAAACAUGUAACCCAGUAUGACUCAAUACCACUGUACACCACACUUUACAAAGCUGCAUCAGACACUUUAUGGAACGCUAUACUUAUUGCUGCUAGCUAAGAAGGCACCAGCUGGUUUGUUGAAUUAUUUGUGUUUUAUUAAAAGUUUGUCACUUUUAUUGGACUUGCACAUAGGAAGUAAUCUUUGCUUCUAUAAGGCUCGUGGCUUUGGAAGUUUUAGGCUUGCCACUACAAUCUGUAAAACCAAACACACGAAAUGUUGUGUUGUAAAGAUGUGCAAACUCUUGAACUCGGGUCUGUCUGUGUGGUGGUCACUGUGAUUUGGUUUAAGUAGAGUUUAUGUAAAGUAGGACAAAAGGACAGAGUGGUUCACGUAAGCUAUUUUGCCUGAAGGAAGAAAAAUAAGCAGCUCAGUUUAUCACUGUGGCAACGGGGUGUGGUCAAACAUCAGCUGUGGAUGGAGAGGAGGUGGGUUGAACCGACAGGUAACGCAUGAUUAUUCUCACCUUUGCCUUAUUAUCUGAUUAGGCUUUUUACUGUGUGUGUUUCUCUGUGAGUUCAAUGACUGCCGUAACCAGAGAGAGAGAGGGAGGCAUAGCUGGCGGGGCAAUCAACACACACGUGUGUGGAGUGUGAACUUGAACCUUGGAUUUGAACAGGGUGAAAGUUGUGAGCUAUUGACGGCCCCUUUUCAUUUGGAUUGUUUUUUUGUUUUUUGGCUGAGGUGCUUGAACUGUCAAAAUAACAUACAAAUUAGUCUUUAGUUCCAGAUGUGCAGCACCUUCUGUGGUUCAGAACUAAUUCAGGGGUUUCACAGCAAUGGGCAUGAAAUACUAAUGCAAUCACAAUUCUGACCCUGUUGUUGAAAAUAAAACUGUCAUCAGUGUUGAAGGUUCUGAAACCUGUCCCGAUGAAGCCAUACCCUUGAUUACAGUUCAGUAUCAUGAGCUCAACUUUGUGCUGUAUAAGCUUUUCAUCCAAUCUGUUUUGUAAAGUAGGGAAAGAAGGAGGUGGUGGUUUGAAUGAAGUCAACAAGCCUUAAAGAAGACAAAUAGUAACUCACUAGAUCAGAUACUGCAGAACGCCUGUGGAGGACAUCGACAAGAGGAAAUCUAUAAAAGCUACAACACUAAUAGUUUACUUCCUUCACAUUUCAGUGAGUUUCUCAACAACACAUCAGUGAUGGUGCAGUGUCUGUUCAUACUCCUAUUUUUCACAGGAUUCGCCCCUCUCGUUCUGUCUGUCCCUCGUAAGUACUACCUGAUCCAGCAGGGGAAAACAUGGAGUGAUGCUCAGGCUUACUGCGAAGCCACACACACCGACCUGGCUGUCAUAGAAAGUAACGAGAACAUGGUCCGACUUCAGACUGAAGCACAGAGACAACAGUUCAGCUCCAGUGCUUGGAUUGGACUGUACAAUGACAUCAACAGCUGGCGCUGGUCCUUGGGAAACGAGCCACUGGGAAGUAUGAGACAGUGGGCUGCACAAGAGCCCAAUAACAGAGGUGGAAAUCAGCAUUGCAUUGGGAUAAAUCCAUAUGGUUGGAAUGACAGAAUAUGUUCAAGCCUUUACCCCUUUGUGUGCUUUGAUGACACUAAAAUUGACACAGACAGAUAUAUUUACAUAUCUAAUAUAAUGUCAUGGCUUGGAGCUCAGAGUUACUGUAGACAGUAUCAUACAGAUCUGGCCAGUGCUAGAGAUGCAACAGAAAACUCAGUUAUACAGAAAGUUAUAAUAAACUCUGACUGGACUUGGAUUGGUCUGUUCAGAGACACCUGGAAGUGGUCAGACCAAACCAACUUCUCUACCAUCAGCUGGAUGUCUGGAAAACCUGAUAAUGCCCUGGGGAAUGAAAAUUGUGGUUAUUUAAAUAACAAUCAGGCUGCUGAUGCACAGUGCUCAGACAUCCUGCCUUUCUUCUGUUACUCAAUAAUCACCGGAAAACAGCAGAUAAUAAAGGUGAAGGUCCGGGCCAAUCAGGAUGUGAAUGAAUUUGCAGUAAAGGCGGCCAUCUUGGAGCAGAUUAAGCAGAAACUGAAGGAUCAUGGGAUGGCAGAGAACAUCACAGUGAAAUGGAGAGAGCAACCAGAUGGAAAGGUGUUUCACAAGGAGAAAAAUAAUAGUACAUAAAAGACAAACUCAUAUCGUUUAACUGUGUCACAAAUCACGUAAUUUUGUAGUGCUUUAUUUAUUUUUAGCGUGAGUAGUGUGUUCAACUCUGGGAAAUUUCAGGGGAUUUAGUUCACUAUGAAGGGGGAAAAAAAACUAAAUUCACCCAGUUUCUAAGGUAAUAUUUGCAUUUUUCAUUUAUUUGAUUAGUAUAUCUCUUCACACCAAAUUUAAUUGAAGAGCCGAGAUGUUUUUGUAUCUUUCCAUAAU